UUAUGUGGUUAGUUAUUUCAGACUUUUUAUGUACAUCUAUAAUUUUCACUCGGAACCCUCUCUUUGCCAGUCAUUAUUCAGUAUAGCUCAUGCUGCUACUCCACCAUCCCAGCCGCGAGUGUUUCCAAACACCAUUGAACUUGAGGCAUUGUACAAGACUGGUGUUCUGAAGGUGGAAUGUGCUGCACUGCAACUAGUUGGCUUUGACGAGUCAAUUUAUCGAGCAGUUAAGAGGGUACAGAUGGCGAAAGUACCCCCAAAGCCUGCGAAAUACUUGUAGAAACUUGUAGCUGCUAUAUAACUUGAUGAGUGCUCACCAUUUACAAGGGUCUUGAGAAAGGUUGAAGCUUGAAAUUCGACGAAUGAGGGUGCUCGGUGCUUCAAUCGGGACAUCCCUAUUCCGGACUGAAAACUCCUUGUCACUGUUUGACUCCUUCUAGUACUUCGUAAGUUGUGCUACGAAUGGUGAGGGAGGAUAGGGGAUCGGAUCUAUAUCACGAUCCGGGGAAAUGCUACAGAGAUAUGAACUGGUAAUGGUAUGACUGUUGCGGUUAGGUUCAUCUUUGUCCGAAAGUAAGUUUGAACUUUCUGAGCCUGUCUGAGCCAGAUGCUCUCCAGGUCCACGGAAGAUAAAGAUCUGUGUCAAUGCUGUCCUUUAACCUGCCUGCAACAGCCUGCAACCCUCCCUAGAUGGUUUUGCACCUUUCUGCCAUCAGACCAGCUCAAGAAUUAUACCAUAAU